CCUUUUGUCAUUUAACAAAACCAAAUACGCAGUUUGGCAGCAAUUUCGGCUGCUAUCUGUUGUCGUCUUUUUUUGUCUUCAUCCAUUUUUGAUUGCAGUCAUGCCCGUUUACAAGUUACAUUAUUUCAAGAGUCCACGCCGCGGUCGUGCAGAACUAUCGCGAUUGAUUCUCAGCCAGGCCGGAGUCGAAUUCGAGGACAUCCGUUUCGCCCACUGCGAAUGGCCCGCUAUUAAACCCAUUACCCCCUUUGGACAUGUUCCCAUUUUGGAAGUGGACGGACAAGUGCUGGCCCAAUCGAACACGAUCGCUCGAUAUCUUGCCAAGAGACAUGGCCUGGCCGGCAAAGAUGAUUGGGAACAAGCAUUGGCUGAUAUGUACGCCGAAAACAUCCACGACUUGUUGAAUGCUGUGGCCGUUCCGUUUACGGAAAAGAAUCCUGUGAAACAGAAAGAAAUGUACCAGAAAUUCAUGCGAGACGUGAUUGUACCGCACGUUGCUGCCGUUGAAAAACAAUUGAAAAAGAACAACACUGGAUUUCUCGUCGGUAAUGAGCUAACAUGGGCGGAUUUAGCUUAUUACGCUUAUUUUUCUGAUUUUCUCGAAGUGAAAUUCGGGUCGGCCUUUUUAAAAAAUGCACCACAUUUAAAAGCGUUGAUUGAUCGUGUCAAAGAACUGCCCAACGUUAAGAAAUGGACCGAAUUUCGAGAUUCAACAUAUCCAGAAGACAAUGAAUAAAUACCAGACAUAUCGAUAAAAAGAAAAUGGUUAUCAUUGAAGCUUGCCAUCCCAACCCGUAUCAAUCCUAAUCAGUGUUACGUGUUACGUCGGCCUCGUGUGUAGAGAGUGGCUCUCAUAGUAAACCGCACAAUAAUUUCAAAAGCUAUAAAUCAAUACACUCGUCUAUUCGAA